AAAUUAGGAAUCCAAUCUUAGCAUUCUAAGAUAAGAAAGCAUGUUCUAGAUCAAUGGUAGCAUGGAGAAAAUCAUUUUCUACUUGAUCGGGGCAUGUCUUCUAGUAUGGAUGGGUCAAGGGGAGUAUUUGCCCCUGAUGCCAAGUGAUCAUAUAUAUGAGGUUAUGCCUACCCGAAAGAUCUACAAGAUAAACGUACAGUGGAACUGCGAGGGUUGGGGUUGGAGUAAUGCCAGGGAGUGUGAGGAAGGCCCGGGAACGAACCCUAAAUUGAUACGGUUGUACAGAAAGGACAUGAGAGCUACAACAGAUAAUGAUAACCCAGUCCUCCGGGAAACAACUACCAUCCAAUGGGACGCUAGAAAAGAAAAGCGGAAAAUGUGGAUCAACUCGACUUUCCGGGAUAACAAUGACUUUGUCAAGCAAUGGAUCACUGUACCGCUCGAUCUUUGGGAUUACACUUAUGCAGAUUCAAAUUCAAAAAAGACAAACAUGUCGAUACAGUUCACAGGAUCUCAUCUGCAACUCUGGUACAAUGACUACAAGGUCGUCUAUAUCUGGCUAAGAGAUCAGGCGGAGGAUAUCACCUACACGACUCACGUAAAACUGGAAAAGAACUUCUUCUUUGAACAGCCGGAAAAAGCCGGACAGAUUUACUGGUAUUACGGAGAUGAGUCACUGUGGUGCUGGGUGAACUGCACUCAGAAGCACGUGUACAACUUCUCCGGUUACUACGACGAGGUCCUCUCUCCCAGGACGGACAGUUACCAGAUCUACCUAAACAGAAAGGAUAACCCUAUCACUAAACCCGCUUUUUGUACCUACCAUAAUUGCACCCGGGACUACGAGAACUAUCCGAGAUGUCUGAUGGUGAACUAUACAGCAUACAACGGAACUUCCGACCAAGACGAAGAACUACUAGAUCUUAGAUGUGUCAACGACACUUACGAUCUGAGUAAAGAAAUAGAAGCAGCAAAAAUAUACUGGGAAACACAAAACAUCACGAACUUGCGGAGGAACCGUUGGAACCAGUCGGUCCCAGACGAUCCCACAGGAGUGGGUAUAGUCAACGGACUCUACAAGUGUUUGCAACGAGACUACUGUCAUGACUUCCGACCCUUCCAACUGUUCAACUUCGAAGGAUCAGCUCACAUAUUGGCGAGUAACGUGUUUUUGGUUGCUGGAGGACUGAUACUGGGGCUACUAAUUAAUUUAGAAGUGUAGCCCCGUUCUCUCACCGUGCAGACUCCUCAUUCUCAUCCUGGGGUGAGUUGAUGUAGCCCCUGUUAUCUAAUGUAGUAGCGCUCACACAGCUCAUUAAUCACUGUCAAGUGAUUAUGCUCACUAAUCUUUAUCAUGGUACCAGAUUUAUCACAGAUCUCAGACUUUUAUCUCGAGUGCGACCUAAUAAAACUGCGUACUCUAGCACUCAAGUCUCUUACUAUUCUAGAUAAAGAUAUAAUCCUUGUUUGUGGAUUUUAAAGUAUUACGGAUCUAUCGUGGCCUCAGAUGUGUCGUGCAAUUCUACUACGUCAUUAUGCAUAUAGAUUUGAUACAUAUCAGCUGAGGAGUAUUUUAAGGUAGUUGUAAUGAUGUUUAUUAUUUGUUAACGUUUACAGAGUGCUGCUAAAAUCAUUAGAUUUAGCUUUAUUUACCGUGGUUUCAGCUAUUUUUAGACUUUGCUUUUUGGUUUUUAUUUUGUUUUUCUUCUACUAACGGUAGAAAGUUGCCGAAAAAAUAACGGAGCUGUAGUGUUAAGUUCUUUAAAUGUUUGUGGAGUUCUAGUUUUGGUUUUAAUUUUACUGUAAAUUCAAUUUCUCAAUUUCGUGAAUCAGAUUUAUCAUUGUGGUAAUGUUAUUCUAAGUUCCAUUGAUUUUUAUACAUCAAAACUAAAAUGUUUUAAUUCUUCUUAUCUUUAACAUGUUAUCCUCUUAAGUUAAUGGUCUGCCAUUAAAUUGAACGUUAUACAGAAAAUUAUAGUCCCCAAACAUUUUGAUAUUUUGAUAAUGAAGCCGGAUUAAUAUGUAAAAUAUUUAUUUAAUGAUAAAUUACCUUAAGAUGAGUAAGUGGGGCGUUGUUUAAGAUUACCUUAAAUUCAAGAGAUUUAUCCAGGGCG